CCUAAUGGGUCCGGACAGCACCAAAACCAUCCAUUGAGAAUCAAUAAGUCUCAAGUCUGUUUACCACCAUAUAGGGCUCGUAGACGCAACAAGGCGCACUUGGUGAAAUUAGCACCAGACUUGCCUCCUGUUAAUCUCCCACCAUCUGUUCGUAUAAUCUCACAGUCAGCUUUCAAAAGUGUCCAAUGUGGAUCAUCUGCUAAUGUUUCUGUCACUGGCAGUGGUGUUGGCUGUUCUGAACAAAAAAGUACAGCUCCUCUAAUAUCUCAUCUUGUAAGGUUGGGAACUCCGCAUUUAAUAAAAACUGGAAGAGAUAAAAGUAAUUUAGUGAAAGAAAGUGUCAGAAAUAUGCACCUAGAAGAAUCUCAUGUUGUUGAGGAUGAAAGAGGUGCUGAGUCAGAUCUUCAGAUGCAUCCUUUAUUAUUCCAGGCCCCUGAAGAUGGACGUCUGCCAUAUUAUCCUCUGAACACUGGCACUGGUACUUCCAGUUCUUUUAGUUUCUUUUCAGCAAAUCAGCCUCAACUUAAUCUGAGUCUUUUUCACAAUCCCCGCCAAGUCAGUCAUGUUGGUUGUUUUAAUGAAUCUUUGAAGACCAAAGAGUCCUCCAAUACAGCGUCAUCUGCCAUUGAUUUCCACCCACUUCUGAAAAUAAGUGAGAAUGCAAAUGGUGACUCAGUGACUGUAUCCUCAACUGCAAGCAAAUCUAAUGAGAAAGCUAAUGACCUGGACUUGGAGAUCCAUCUAAGUUCUUCAUCCACAAAGAAGAGAGCUUUAGGCAGCAGGGAUAUGGCUUCACAGAAUCUUAUGCGCUCAGCAAAUAAUGCUAUAAACUCUGGACAGGGAACGGAAACUCAACAUACUAACAAUGUACAUUACUGUUAUGGCGAAAAUUAUGGCAGGGACGUUUUAAGUGGCCAUUUGUCAGAUUUACCAAGCACUAGAAACAUUGAUGAUAUCGGUGAUCAUUCCAAUCCUGGGAUUGUGAUGGAACAGGAAGAAUUAAGUGACUCUGAUGAAGAAAUCGAAGAACAUGUUGAGUUUGAGUGUGAGGAGAUGACUGAUUCUGAAGGAGAGGAGGGUUCAGGCUAUGAACAAAUUCCUGAGAUGCAAGAAAAGGAGGUCUGUGGUAUUUUGGAGGAAAAUGCGAGAGACCAAGAUAGUAAUGAUCAAAGACAUGAAUCAAGGAGCCCUUCUUUUGCCCGGGCAGUGUUUUGGUCCCCAGAAACGCCUCUCCUUUCUUAA